UUCCAGGAAGUGUCGUUUGUUUUGACUGAUCCGAUCGACUCACCUGAGCUCGAAUUUGGUGACAGUCAGAACUUCACUGUUGCAGGACGUGUUACCGAAGUACCUGGGACUGGCGUCUCGGUACUUUGUAGCCUGCCACAGACAGCGAAGCGUCGAAAGCAACUACGUGGCCAUCUGAGACGAGUCUGUUCGCUCCUCCCAAAUAGCUUAGAUCAUUCUACCGGGACAGUCUUCAUUAGAGCUCGCCUCUGCAUCCGACCUACCAGUACCUCAGUCGUUGACGCCAUCCAUCUUACUGACUGGCUGCGCGUCCGCAUACGAUUCCUCAAAGAAAUGGCAGAGGCGCUGCCUGGUGCCCAGGCAACUGGCCUGCUUUUCGAUAGGCAAACUGCCGUUGCGCUACGUUGUGCACUGAAUACCAAAAUCUCUCGAGUCUUUGGCAAGCUGUCUGGUAGCUCCGUAACGCAGACUGUUGACUUGCUAGACUGUCGUCUCGAACAGGCUGUCGAAGCCAGUGGAGGAGACGGAAUCGGCCAGACAAUGGAUAUAACGGGCCCCGUGAACCAAGUAACUUGGAGUUUGAUUUUUUCCUCUGGUUUGAGCAGCAAUGUAAAUGCUUUGGUUACCUCGUUAAGCUUGCUUUCGGGUGGCUGGGAUCUUGUAUCCUCAGAUGACGCCACCACAGCGCCGGCUAUCUCAGCCUCUUCUUCCUGUAGUGGUGGGCCAAACAGGUCGACAGCACUUAGUGUUGCAGGCUACGUCGAUGUGCUUGGCAUCUCUACUUGUUUGUUCGACCUUGUUUCGCCCCCUUUUUCCUUCAGUUCUUCUUCAGAAUCUUAG